GGCACCCUUGAAGUCCCGCCGAAGAAAAACAAAGCACUGGGGGAAAAACAAGUCUCACAUUUAAAAUAGAAUUCUAUUCAUAACUAUUUUUCAUUUUCAGAAAUAUUACCGCCGGUGUAAUCUGUUUUAUUCUCCUCCUCUCAGUAAUCAUUCCAUUUUGACGGUGUUGUUUAUCUAUUGUAAGGGGAACUUGAAACCGCCCCCUUGCCCCAUUUCCUCGGUUGUUUUUCUUCUUUCGCCUGUAUUCUCCAUGUUGUUGGAGUGAAAAUUGAGGACUUCGCAGAGACAGGAAGGGGCCGUUCGGGAAAUAUACUAGUGAUAAAGUAAACCGAGAGGCGCAGCAGAGGGAAUCGCAACGACGAAAACAUAUCCAAGCGCCCUGCCCCUCCCAUGUGUGGACAACAGAAGAAGCGAGGAAUAAAGAAACAUUGUUGCUGAUGAAAUGUAGCCUCUUACAAAUCCAACACAGACACACACGGAUGACAGUUAUCAAAGCAAUCCUUUAGUAACUUGUCAACAUAACCUAAUGAAGGCUGCUUAUCUCUGUUUGGGUAACGGAUUGGAUUUUGAGGGCUCUGUGUUUGUCAGAUGGAAAGUUCUAUCAUCACUCAAGUGCAGAAAGAAGACGUUCAAUUGUCGCCGAAAACAGGCCAGGUGAGCAGGUCUUCUCCGAAGAAGCCUAGGAGUUGUAACCUCUUCAAAGCACUUUUCUGUUGCCUCAGAGGAGCACAGGCUGCCCCCAAACCACUACCACCUUCCCAGGAUGCAUUGCUGGAGCCACAGGACAAUGGGGAUGUUGUCAAGCUCUCAUCUGGACCCAGCCUGCUGCCGGAGAUGAUACCUCAGGACCAGGGGAAGAUAUGCGUGGUCAUAGACCUGGAUGAAACACUGGUGCAUAGCUCAUUCAAGCCUAUUAGCAAUGCAGACUUCAUAGUGCCUGUGGAGAUUGAGGGGACCACACACCAGGUAUAUGUGCUGAAGAGGCCGUAUGUGGAUGAGUUCCUACAGCGAAUGGGAGAGCUGUUUGAGUGUAUUCUGUUUACUGCCAGUCUUGCCAAGUAUGCAGACCCAGUGACUGACCUGUUGGAUCAGUGUGGGGUGUUCCGGGCGCGGCUGUUCCGGGAGUCCUGUGUGUUCCAUCAGGGUUUCUAUGUCAAAGACCUCAGCCUACUGGGCAGAGAGCUCCAUAAGACCCUCAUCUUGGACAACUCUCCUGCUUCAUACAUCUUCCACCCUGAGAAUGCUGUUCCUGUGGUGUCCUGGUUUGAUGAUGUGGAGGAUUCGGAGCUGCUCCACCUGCUGCCGGUGUUUGAAGACCUGAGUCAGGCUGAAGACAUCUACAUCAGACUGGGGGAGCUAAGAGUGCCAUGAUGGAUACGGGAGAGGACCCUGCUCUCACUGCCAUACUAGCCAGCACGUGGCCCAGAACAUACGCACCAACAUAGAAAUAGAAAAUUAACAUUCUAUUCAUAUAACAUUGUAUUUGUAUGCUCACCAGCCAGAGACACAUGCAGUGUAUUUGUUUCAGACGAGCACUUCAUGACAUUCUAAGGCCUUUACUCUGAGCAUCUGUCUGUCUGUCAAUCAGUGUCUGACAACUCUGAGCCAAAAUACCGUAGAGUACUGCAAUCACUCCAAAUGAAUAUGAAUAAAGUGUUGUUGUUUUUUUGCCAAACCAGAGGCCUGAAUGGCCUGAUCUAACUCAGGACACUUGUAUCAUUGUGCCUUUUUUUCCCUUCUUAACAAACACAAAAACCAAGCAGCUCAAACUGUUUUAAUGAUUUGUUUUCUUCUUCCAACCUCACUAUGCAAUCCUCUUCUGAUGGACUACAGUGCUACUUGUUAUACGGGUGGGUCACAAUCAUAUCCAGAAUGCCAACGGAAUGUAUUCUUUACAUUUUCCUGGAUAUAUGACCAGUCAGCAUAUGCUCAUGUACUAUACGGUUAACGGAUGUUUAAGUAUGUAAAUAUUUGUAUUAUUUACUGUAAAAUGGCCAACAAAGAAAAAUGCCUCCAAUAAGUACUGAAUACAUUUGUAGGUAAGUAAUUUUGAAGAGCUUCAAAUAUUAGCAACAUUAUACAUAUUUUUUAAUGAUUAACAUACUACGAUGUUAUCGUUUUAUAAAGCUCUUUGAGUUUAUCAUUUGGGACGAACUUCUUUAAUCUGGUCACUUGAAUGCCAACACACUGGAUGGCAUGGUUGUAGGCUGCUCAGCAGAAGUACAGUAUAGUGUCGCUCUUGGAAUAUUUGGUCCAGUCUUUUAACACAUUUAUUUUUCUGUUUUUCUUGUAAUACUAAAUGACAGAAGUUGCACUAUUUGUUUUGAUAAGUAAAGACUGCUUCAAGAAGUGACAACUGCAUUUCCAAUUCAGUCAGAUAUAUGCACCCUUAUGCCAUGCUGAAUGUGGUCAAAUACUGUAUUAACAAAACUAUAUGUAAUUGUGGUACUCCUAAUGCUGAAUUAUUAUUUUAUUUUUUACAAUUUGUGUUCAUUUGCGUAAUUAUUUGCCCACUGCAAAUGAGGUUAUCAAAACAACAAUAUUCAAAACCUCUGCCAAAUUAUAAUUUUUGGCUAUUAUUUUUGGAUUGUGUGAAGUUAAUCACAUAUUUUCCUCCAAACUGUGCCUUUCAAACAUUACUCCUCGAAUCAUCGUAGAUGAUACCAACAACAUUGUGUUAUCAAAAAACAAUAAUCAAAUUCAGGGGGUUUGUGUUAAAUGUUAAAUAGGUAAAUGUUAAAACAAGUAAAUGUUUGUUACUGUAGUAUAUUGCCAUUCCACAAAUAAUGAUGGAAACCAGGAUUAUUUUAUGUGGGUACAAUCAAGUUGUUUAUAUAAUGUUUUAUGUCCGUUUUUAUUGUGUACAUUGAUCACUUAAGAUAUUUGAGUGAAUGUUUACCAAUCCUAAUGAUUUACCAAAGAUAUCUUGGUUGUUGAUAUUGUGUAGAUUUAGUUGUUCUCAUUGACAUUGUUGGUAAUUAAACAAAAUAAAGCUACAUGUAAAUUGUAGAUCAUGAAUACAUUGUUGUUCAGUGUGAGAUGGGUCAUACUUUCCAAUGGGGCGCCAGGUAGUCUAGCGCCGAAGAGCGUUGGGCUCGUAACCGAAAGGAAUUACUGAACCGACUAGGUGAAAAAUCCGUCGAUGUGCCCUUGAGCAAGGCACUAACCCGGAAUUGCUCCUGUAAAUCACUCUGGAUAAAAACAAAUGUUAGGCCUACACUAUAGCUUUUGGCAAGAAAUAAGUGUAUAUUGGACGCAAACUGGGCAAAAGUUGCCAAAAUAAAGUUGGAUUGUAAAUUU